UCUGAAAGUCCUCUACCACUUUGGGGCUGCGAGCAGAGUCCUGUGAAUAAAAAUAUUUAUGUGCCGCUCUUUCACACGGUGAACAAGAGCCCUUCGCUCGAAAUCCUUCCCGCGAUGCUGUUGCUGCUGCUGCUGCAGGUCUUGGCGAGCUGCCUCUGGCUGGCAGGCAGCGAGGUGGUGACAUCCUUUGAAAGUUCAUGCCCUCAGUUUUUCUUCCGGGAAACCCCCCCAAAUGAAGCCCUGCAGCCCGAGAACCCAGCCUGGAUCUGCCAGAAUUACAAGAACCAGUAUUAUUUUGCCACCUUGUAUGACAGGAACAGGCGUAUUCCUGUAUACUCUGCUUACCUCUACCAGCCUGGACCUGGCACGAGACCUAAAACAUGGCUGGUUGAACCCCAGCUGAUGAGUCCAACUUAUCCCAAAACUAUGGAAAGAGAGUGGACCCUCUUAAAUUAUUUCAGCGUCAGCUUAGACCAACUCAGCAAGAGCCAGGCUAUCCUCAAAGACUAUAAGAACCUGACAGGUUUGAACCGUGGCCAUUUGAACCCCAGCAGCCACCACCCUGACUCCAGCAGCAGGACGGCUACCUUCACCCUCACCAACAUAGUGCCCCAGAACGAGAAACUCAACGGAGGUGCCUGGAACAACUACGAGCAGCAAACAAUGACCAGGAGGACCCAGGGCUGUAACACUACCUACGUGGUCGUGGGUGCCGUGCCUGGGAACAACUACAUUGCCAAGGGGAGGGUUAAUAAACCCAGCCACAUCUGGUCGAGCGCCUGCUGCGAGGUGGACACCCACCGCAGGAAGGCUUGGGCGGUCAUUGCCGAGAACGACAAGAACGAGGUCCAGCUCCUCACUCUGGGGGAGCUGGAGGAUGUGUUGACCCAGCUCUAUGGAAGGGACCAGGUUUCUCUGUUUCACAGAGACUGUCCCCGGGAAUAAGCCCCACUUC